UACUUCAUUCAACAAAUUUUAAAAUUUGUUAAAAUAAUUAACGAGUUGAGGGAACUUGUUAUGAAUGUCAAGGAAGGUUUAAAUUAUUAUAAAUUGUUAUUAACUCAAAUUUUAUAAAUAACAAUUGAUAACAUAAAGUAAGUAGCCAAAUAUUUAUCUAAUAAUAUUUAUAUUAAGAAAUGGUACUAUGUCAAUUGACAAGUCGAGAUUUGAUUAAUUGGCUUUAAAUAUUUUGAGCGGUUAUAAUCUGGACAAAAUAAUAAUUUGUGUUAAAAUUAAUUAUUUUAUUCUAGAAGAUUGUCUUUUUGAUAUUUUAGUUGUUAUUUAAUGAAAGUUAUGUUUUACUUUUCCGAAAGCUGGUCAUAGACUAAAAUUUAGAUAUUAAGUUAGUCAAUCGUUUGACAUUAAUUAUUUGUAUUUUUUUAUGCUAAUUUAACUGGCGCAUGAAUCUUUCGUCAGGAACUAUAACUUAAGAUAAGUUUAUAUCUUGAACAACAAUAACAGGAUCUUGUGGUAUUAAAGUGUUUUUUGUAAUACUGUAAAAUAUUAAAAAAUAGAUUUUCUUGUAGUGUUCUUUUAAUUUUACACAACCUUUCGAAAAAAUCACCUUUUAUAUGGAUAGCAAAAAUUUAGAAUAUUAAGAACGUAGAAUAGAUGAAAGCACUUCCACAACUUUCUAUUUAUGUAAUUUUAUGUUAAUGGAGGAAUCUGCACCGCGAGGAUCUUCCCUCAUAAAUAUGCUUUUGUUUUCAGGUGUUUUAAUGACGGGGUUGCAAGGGAUCGCGCUUUCGAUCCUAAAAUCUUUUGCUGUCCUUCAAAUUACUAAUUGUUCAGUGAUAAAAUUUUGAUUAUUAUUGCUCAAUAAUGUAAUCAAUAUAUUAUAUAAUUAUUUCAUAAUUCGUUAUGUGUCUUUUAUCAGUCAAUUAAAAAAAAAAAAUUAUUGAAUGUGACCAUUAAUGAAGAUAAGUAUGCAGUCAUUGAUUAAAUUUAUGUUUGAUUAUCGGCUGCCUAGAAAUUAAGAAUUUUUAAAUUUAAAAAGCCUUUUUUUUGUUCUUUUCUUACAAGAAAUUUUUAUGGGUUAAUAACAACUUUAAGGACGAGAAACUAUUCUGGAUCAGUAUUAAUUAAUGGAAAACCUAGAAAAAUAAAUUCUUUUAAAAAACAGUCUUGUUACAUUAUGCAAGAUGAUCAACUACAUGACCAGCUUACUGUUCAUGAGACGAUGGAAUUUGCCAUAAAACUUAAAUCUUCAACUUUAUUAAUGAAUACAUCAAAAACGCAAAUGAUGGAUUCUAUUUUAAACCUAUUAAAUUUGCGAAAUUCUUUUAAUACGCUAGCGAAAAAUUUAUCAGGUGGUCAGCGUAAAAAAUUGUCUAUAGCGUUGGAACUAGUACAUAAUCCCAAUUUUAUGUUUUUCGACGAACCAACUAGUGGACUAGACAGUGCAUCGACGAAACAAGUCAUCCAGAUUUUAAAGGACUUAGCAAAUUCAGGUAGAACAGUCAUAAGUACCAUACAUCAGGUUUCAUCUAAAGAACUAAAAAUGUUUGAUGUUUUGUAUGUACUCUCUUCAUCUGGUUACUGUAUUUACCAUGGGCUGACUUCAUCUUUAACCAACUUUCUUGAAAAACAAAAAUUACAAUGUCCGUUAUAUCAUAACAUUGCAGAUUUCAUUAUAGAAGUAAGUAUGGGAGAAUAUGGUGAUCGUGUUUAUGAAUUAAUGACUUUCGUUGAAAAUGGAAAAUCUCCAUAUAAAGAAAUAAUUGUAAAGAAAGAUAACAUUUUAAAAGAUUGCGAGUUAUCAGUUUCUAACCAAUUUUUUGGUGAAGAAAUCAACUUUUUAACACAAAAAUAUACACCCAAUAGUAUAAAACAAUUCAUCGUUCUUUUGCAGAGAUAUUUGAUAACUUUAAAACGAGAAAAAUUUUUUAUGACAAGGAUUAUGUUACACAUUAUAAUUAGUUUCAUAUACAGUUCAAUAUAUUUUGGUGUUGGCAAUGACGCAUCAAAAGUUCAAGAUAAUUUAAAACUAUUAUUUUUUUCCAUAGUAUUUAUAACAUUCUCAGCUUCUAAUUCAAUGCUAAUUAAAUUUCCCUCAGAACUAUCUGUAUUAAAAAAAGAACAUUUUAAUCAAUGGUAUUCACUACCGACAUUUUUUUUCUGUAACAUUUUAGUCGAUUUACCCAUUCAAGGUUUGUGUACAUCAUUAUAUUGUUGUAUAGUUUACUACUUGACGGAUCAGCCCUUAGAAUGGUCGAGGUUUUAUUCAUUUGUAUCAAUUAUGUUUAUAACAGCACUUUUAGUUCAAGCUGCUGGUAUGGUCAUUGGAACAUUGUUUAGUGAUCCAAAAGUCAAUACAUUUUUAGCAACUGUAUUAAUAUUGUCGUGGACAACAUUUUCCGGUAUUUUCAUAAGAAAAUCUGAUUCUCCUAAAAUGUUUCAUUGGUUAUUUGACUGUUCAUUUUAUAAUCGGGCCAUCGAAGCAAUAUUGAGUUGUGUUUAUGGCACAGACAGGCCUAAUUUAAAAUGUUUCGAGACGUUUUGCUUUAAUACUUCUCCGAAACAUGUAUUUACGAUUUUAGAUAUGAAAAUCGAUAGUUAUUGGUACAAUUUUUAUGUUCUUUUAUCAAUGUAUUUGAUCCUUAAGGUAUUAUCUUAUUUCACUGUGAAAAAUAUAAUCAAUUAACAAAUAAAUCUUUAACUUUUUAAUAUUACAUUUAUACGUUGACAGAAAUAAUCUUUUAAAUU